UUAUAUCUCGAAAUCAUGAAGUUUGUUUUCGCUUUCGCUCUGGCUUUGCUGGCUGUUGAUGCCAAGAAGUGCAUCCCCCGCCCGCACCCCGAGUACACCACCUCGGUUGUGUACGAGACCACCAGCGCCCCAGUGUACGAGACCACUUCGGCCCCGGUCUACAACACCUCUGAGGACCUGCUACCUGAGCCCGCCACCACCUCCGAGCCCGCUCCUGAGCCCACCACCACAGAUGUAGAGGUUCCUGCUUCGACUCCUCCCACGCUCCCCGAGUUCCCGGCCUCGAUCCCUCCCCAGUAAACAGCCUUUGGUUUGAGAAAAGAUGGUGUUCAGAACGGC